AUGAGCGUGCCAAAUCACAAGAUGCCAAUAUCCAUUAAAACUGUUCGUGCAUUCACUGAUGGUAUUCCGUGGGCGAAGAUAUUCAAGAAAGCCGAGAACACGACCAAAGGACAGCGACUUUAUCCGUCCCAAAGCCAUGAUAAGAAGAAAAACUUUCGACUGGAUAAAGGCGCUACUAUCAGCGACAAUCAACAGGAGAUCAUUCUUCAAGCGAACAAGGAUGCCGAGAAUGCAGAGGUGAAGAAAGAGGCCCAGAAGAACAGUCAUAGGAUCCUGGCAAAAUGCGUCAUCGAUCCGAAUAACGUGGAUGCAGAAAAGGCAAAGACGGACCUGGAAGCUUCCUUCAAGGAGAACAACUGA